CAGUGAGCAACGAACAUCUCGGGCCACACGCCAUGGCUGAGUCUAUGUCGGUAUAUGCGACGUACCUCCCCGACGAGUUGCUGCUUGAAAUCCUGUCCUAUGUGGAAGGCUGGCAAGUAAAAGAGAGGCAAGGAUCGCUGGCGCGUUUCUGUGCUGUGAAUCGACAAUGGUAUGAUGUGGCCGUCCGACCGCUCUACGCAUCCCCCUACCUCUACGGCGGCGCAUACGAGCUCUUCAUCCGCACAAUCUGCCCAUCAGUCCUCGCACACAUCAAACCCACAGCGCUCUCCUCCCUCGUAAAAGUCCUCGACCUCUCGCACAUCGUGCACAACGGCAACAAAUCCGUCACAGCGCGGCUUCUCGGACGCACAAAAACCUCGCUCACAACCUUCAUCGCGCCGCAAGCCAGCUUCGCAAUCAACUGCUGGGCCAGCCUGUCCAAGUGCGCGCACCUGCGCGUCCUCGACCUCACGCUCGUCUCGGAAAUGAUCUCCUUCCAGAGCCUCAACCAGACGAUUCGCCAGCUGGCUGAUCUGCGGGAGCUGUACCUCCCGCGGUGCUCGACGAACUACGAGCGCGUCGCGCUGAGCAUGAACGUGCGCUGGCCGCCACGCCUACAGCACCUCUCGCUCUCCGGCUCCGUAACCGGGAAAUUCCUCUGGGACAUGCUCCGCCAGCCGGACUCGUUCCCGCCUUCCCUCGCCUCCCUAAGUAUCCUGCACAGCCCGGGCCUCGACCACCAGGGCAUAAAGCCCCUGCUGUGCAAUCUAGCACGCACACUAACCACCGUCGAGCUACGCGACCUCUCCACCGUUAAGCACGGCCGCUUCAACGCCGUGCUGGACUGGCUCCCGCGUCUGACCACCCUGACCAUCGCACUAGACUACAUCGACGCGCGCUUCGCUCACAUGCCCCCCGCUUUCUCCCCAAGCCAAUGGCGCGACGCAAAGCCGCUGCAGCGCCUCGUCCUCGUGACGUCAGGACAGACGAAUAUCGAUCCGUCGCGCUGCUUUACGGCUGUGGAUUUGUAUGCGCUUAUUGAUGAGCGGUUCCUCGGCCGGUUGCGUUAUUUGGAUGUGGGGCUGAGUACGGAGUGGAGUCGUGAGCAGGAUGGCGCGGAGCUGGGGGCGCUGGAGAUGCUGAUUGCGGAUGAUUUGGAUCGGGAGAGUUGGGUGGAAAGGAGGUGGCAUUAUGAGGGUGUGGAUGCGGGCGGGGCGGAGACGUAUGAGGCGUUUUUGGAGACGGGGGUGGGGAAGAGGAUGAGGCCGCGGUUGAGGAUGUUGAGGAAUCGGUGAGGUGUUGAUGGAUGGAUGGGGG